AUGACGGCCUGGAGGGCUAGAGAAAAGGCAAUGAAUGAAAUAAGAGGGGAACCAAUAGAAUCAUACAAGAAGUUACCGGGAUAUGUGUACAUAUUGGAUAAAACAUACCCUGGAUCACAUGUGAGAAUGCACAAAUCACAACAAAACGAGUUCUUGUAUUUGUUUAUAGCACUUAAAGCAUUCAUAAAAGGCUUCGAGUGUUGUAGACCAAUAGUUGUAGUAGAUGGUUCCCACCUUAAAACUACAUAUAACGGUACUUUUGUAUCAGCCAGCACGUUGGAUGGUGCAGGUAAUAUUCUACCAUUGGCAUAUGGUGUGAUAGAUUCAGAGAACGAUAAGUCUUGGACCUGGCUCUUUGAACAGUUCAAACAAGCUUAUUGGAAUAGGGAUAACAUGUGUGUUGUAUCAGACAGACAUGAGAGCAUCAUUAAGGCGUCGAAUGGUGAAGUAUUGAGUCCUGUAUUCUAUGCACUUGCAAAAGCACACACACAAGCUGAGUUUGAUAAGCUGAUGGAGAAGAUUGAGAAGGUUGAUUUUCGGGUAAAAGAGUACUUGGAGGAUGCUGGAAGGGAAAAGUGGGCUCGACUGUAUUCACCCGUUAACAAAGGAUGGACAAUGACCUCAAAUAUAGCCGAAUGUAUUAAUGGAAAAUUGGUAGCAGCAAGAGAGUUGCCUGUUUUCGAUUUUCUUGAAGAAGUGAGGAAGAUGUUUGGGAGAUGGAAUUGCACUAAUAGGAGGAACGGUACAUACACAUUCACAACACUUGGGAAAGCAUUCCAACAAUUAUUAUCAAUAAACGAAUGUAAAUCUCUACGUAUGACGGUUGAACCAUCAACUGAAUAUGUGUAUACCGUAAAUGAUGAGGCAAGGCGAUUCAUAAUUGAUCUUAAAAAGAAAACAUGCAGUUGUCGGAUGUUCCAAAUAGACGAGAUAACAUGUCCACAUGCAUGGGCUACAGUGAUUAAAACGUAUGAUGUGCCUGUGGAUCCUCUGCCUGACAAGAGUGAGUGGAAUAUUCCCAAACACAUAUGCGAUGAAGUUGUUUUGCCACCAAGAUACAAGAGACCCCCGGGAAGGCCAAAGAAAAAGCGAGAUAAACCAUUAAUGGAGACGAUGAUUGGUAAACGUAGGAAUGCUUGUAGUACUUGUGGACGUCUUGGUCACAAUAGACGUUCUUGUUCUAAUGAGCCACGUAAGAAGUAG